UCGUGCGGACUGCCGUUAUCGUCGGCCAUCGUCGCCGGACGCCAUGAGCGAUAUUAAUUUGUCCAUGAAUUCGUCGCCUGGCAAUAGUGAUAUUAUUAGCUUUCAGUCGAUCGGCAAUGAGUCGCCGACAGUUGUGACUCAGCGAUAUUAUGAAAAUUCAAUCCUUCCACAGUCUAGGUGUAUUAAUCAAAAUAACCAGAGAUCAUUAACAUGGAAUAUAUCGUUGACUGAUGAUCAAGAUGAAGUAUCUGAAAACUUUUUAAGGAUGUAUAAUGAACCAACAAUAGUUGCUGAAAAUUUUGGUUCAGCUAUUUUAACGGUUCCCGAGAACAUAAGAAAACAAGCUGAUGAAUUAUUCAAACCUUCGGAAAUCAAUCCGAACGAAAUAUUUGAUUGGGUAAAUACCAAAGUCUCGUGGAUUCUUCCAUCCAGCUAUCAACGAUACCUUAAGUCUAUUCCUCCAAACGUGCUGGAGAAGCGGGAAAGACACGUGCUAUACCCCUGGACGCAGUGGAACACGUCGACGGGCACGCAGCACCGUCCGUCGGUCGACAGAACCGUAGCGUCCCCGGCGGCGUCCGACCGGUCGAUGUCGUCGUCGUCGUCGUCGGUCUACGCGCAAGCAGCACACGGCAGAUCGCCCAACAAUAAUAACAACAACAACAGCAGCAGCAGCAGCAACAACAACAACAACAACAGCUCGUUUGGUCAUUGGGUCGGCGGCAGUGGGACGCUAGCAGCGGCGGACUGCACGUUGUCGUCUUCGUCGGCCAGUGACCUGAGCUUUUCGUGUUGGCCGGGCGUCGACGCUACGUCUUCACCGCAACAGCACCAACAGCUCCAACAGCACCACUACUACCACCACAAUCAACAGCAAUCGCAGUCGGCGGUCGGCUGGACACCGGUGACCGUCCGAUCGUCGCCGUCCGACUGCGGCCGGUCAGUGUCGUCGGCAGAAUUCGUGCAGUACAACUCCAGCGCCGCGGACGGCCGCUCGCCAUCGCCGACGACUAUCCGCUGGCCGUCGAGGCUGUUCUACUGAGUGAACGCCAACAGCAACACGAUCAACAAGUUGGUGGAACACUACUGCACUUUCUGCUACAAGAACCACGAACCGCCCGAGGUGUACGGCUCGCACCUGGUCCGGGACGACACUCGCACCACUUGUCCUAAGCUCAGGGCGCUCCGGUGCAAGCACUGCAACGGCACCGGCGACAACGCGCACACCAUCAAGUACUGUCCGUUCCUGUACUCGAACUACAGUUGAUGGACGGCAGUCGAUCGCGUAGGGUAGACGCGCGGUCGAACGU